AUGGCGGAUGGUGACAAGCUGAAGCUGAAGUCCUCCCAGGGUGAGAUUUUUGAGGUCGAUCCUGAGGUUGCCACCAUGUCGACCCUGAUCAAGAACAUGGACAGUGGGACGGAUGAGGAGAUCCCGUUGCCGAACGUCAAGACUGCCAUACUCAGCAAGGUGAUUGACUACUGCAAGUAUCACAAGGACAACCCUCCCGAGGAGAUUCAAAAGCCGCUGAAGAGCACCAAUUUGGUGGAGUGCGGCGUGUCGGAGUGGGACAGCGAGUAUGUGAACAUUGAGCAGGAGGUCCUCUUUGAGUUGAUCCUGGCGGCCAACUACCUAGACAUAAAGAGCUUGCUGGACCUCACCUGCGCGAAAGUCGCCUCCAUGAUCAAGGGCAAAAACACCGAAGAAAUUCGCAAGCAGUUUAACAUCGUCAACGACUUUACCCCUGAAGAGGAGGCUCAGGUCAGGGAAGAGAAUCGAUGGUGCUUCUGGGGCGGAGGUGCAUGUCAGGGCGUCCCUGGCAUGGGGGCUCCUCCUGCACAGUUGGUGCUGCUCCGAGAGGUCGUGGGAGCAGGCCUGCCUGAUGAUGCACUGGCAUCGGCAUGGCAGCGGUCAGGUGGUGAUCUAGCUGCUGCAGUGAAUCUUCUCCUCGAUGCACCGGCAACAUCGGCGCCGGCACGGCCCUGCAAGACCAUAGAGAUUGAGUUAGAUGACUCGGAUGGCGAGGACCUGCUGGCAAAGCCAGUCGAGGGCAAAGUGCAGCUGCAGCCAGUAGCAUCAGAGGCACAAGCAGGUGCGCCAGCGCCAAGUGCCAGCAGCGGUAGCCGGGGCCAGGGCGGCCAGGGUAGCUUCCUGGGCCUAAUGAAGGCGAAGCCAGAACCGAGCGACCCCGGCCCCGCAACGAAGAAGCGACGGACUUCCGGACGCAGCUCGGAGACUGCGGCCAAGCCCGCCGGAACGCGCAGCCGCACUUGCAACAUCGAGUGGUCCAUGGCCUUGGGCAGUGUCCAGUUUAAAGCCUGGAGCACAGUCCGGCUCGGGGCAGAGCAGCGCUUCCCAACAGGGGAUGCCGACGGCAGCUUCGGACCGCUUCUGUGUCCGGGCCGGCGCCUGGAGCUGAGGUGGGCCGUUGAGGCCAAGAAGUCACGGGCCCGGCCUGGCACAGCUUCGUCGCAGGUGGGUGCAGAGACAGGAACUAUCCGCUUCGACGCUUGUGGUCAAGAGGUGGGCCGUUUCUCAGCGGAUGCGAACAAGACUUUGGUUCCACUCCUCGCCCGGCGGCUCAUCGACGUGGAGGCGGUGGUUGGCCGCGAUCCACCCCGAGCUCUGGACUUGGGCACCGACCUGCCAGUCGUGGUGCGCGUGUCCUUGCGGUCGGUUGCCUUGCGAACCCCGGGGCAGAGCACCAGCACUGCCAGCAGGGCCAGCACUCUCAGUGCCCCGACUGGCCAGUCCGCGGAAGCAGAGAAUGCAAAAAGCAAGUCCAAGGGACAGAACCAGAAAGCCGUGCACAAAGAAGAGGCUGACAAAGAAAUUCAGCGUACGUCCACAAGCAUGUUAUUGGACAAGUUGAAAUUGCCCUGCCGUCGGCGCGCUGCCUUCGAGGGCGACGUGACGAUCAAUACGGCGGAUGAGCCUCCGUCCAAAGCCGAAGGCCAAGGAGGCAUGGAGGAGGAGCCGGAGGAGGAAGAGGAGAUGUCCAAAGUUGCUGCAGCUCAGCUAGGUAGAAGUGACCAAUUGGAGCGACAUGAUCUGCCCGGGAUCGUGUUGCCAAGUGGCAUUUUUGAGACGAGGCUGAGACCAUACCAGGCUCAGGCAGUGUUCUGGAUGUGGCAAAGGGAGAACCCCACAUCGUCCCUGCCAUCGUGCUUCAAGAAUUCUGAUCCCCACAGAGACGAAGAGGUUGAGGCCUGUGCAAGUCCAAAAAUGUCACAAGCCGCACAGGAGCCACCGCAAGAAAGGCAGCUGCAUCCCAUGUGGGAUGAGUAUGAGCUGCCGGAGGAGACAGGUCCACUGCCCGGAGGCAAAGAGUCGACACGCUACUUGUACUACCAUCGCACAACCGGCGCCUUGUCGCUCGACUUUCCAGAUGCGGCUCUGGCGCAUUGCCGUGGGGGCAUACUGGCUGAUGACAUGGGUUUGGGCAAGACCGUUAUGUGUCUAGCGCUGACUGCGCUGGAUUACGGCCCUGGCAGCUUGCCAACAGCUCGGAAGGCGGCGCCGGAGCUUCGAAUGCUGGAGGAAGCAGACCCUUCGUCUAACCAGAAGAACGCAUUCUUUCAGGGGCAAGACGUAGGAGGCGUUGGUGGCGUUCUUGUUGUAGCGCCGCUCUCGCUGAUUCGGCAGUGGUUCUCGGAGGCUCAGAAGCACUUCUUCGAUUCAGCCGUCCCAUCGAUCCAUGAGUUCCAUGGUUCAGGCAAGAACAUCUCCUUGGAGCAGCUGCGCAACACCGGGAUCGUUUUGACCACCUACAACACGCUGGCCUCCCAACGACAGGAUUCAUUGCUUUUCCAGGUGUACUGGAGGAGAAUCAUCCUCGAUGAGGCCCAUAGCAUCAAGAACCGUUGCAGCAGGCAAGCACAGGCGGCUUUCCAGCUGCGAGGCUUCUGCAGAUGGUGUGUCACCGGCACGCCGCUUCAGAACAGUGUAGAGGAGCUCUACUCCACGGUACGAUUCUUGCGUGUGGAGCCUUGGUGUGCGUGGCCAUGCUGGCGCAAAGCCGUUGCGAUCCCACUGGAGCGUGGGCGGCACGGUGAUCCCGAUGCCAUGUCACAGGCACUGGACACUGCUCGGCGCAUUGUGACACCGUUGAUUCUGCGGCGGACGAAAUCCACUCCGCAACUGGAUCCAAUCAUGGCUGACGCGCUCGUGCGCGAGCAGAUCAGCGAGUUCUACGAGACUUUCAAGCUCUUUGACGAGGACAAGGAUGACAAGCUAUCCUUGAAGGAGUUUGGGACUUUGCUCAGUUCGCUUGGCCAAAACCCGACUGAACAAGAGCUGCAAGACUGGAUUGGUGGUGACGGGGAGCAUGACACUCGCAUCGACUUCCACACCUUCCUGUCCCUCAUGUCCAGAAAGCUCAAGGAGACAGACACGGAAGAAGAACUCAUCGAGGCGUUCAAGGUCUUUGACCGCGAUCGCGACGGCUUCAUUUCUGCUAGCGAGCUUCGAACAUCCAUGACGAACUUGGGCGAAAAACUCAACGACACGGAGGCAGUAGCAAGAUACUAG